AUGAGUAAAAUUUUGGACCAAGGACCAUCAGAAAAUGAUUGGAUAGUAGGUACCAUUAAUGUAUCUGAGAAAUUUAAGGGAUUUGGAUUUCCAAGAUUAAAAAUAAAAAAAGAAAAUGUCUCACAAUUGGCUGAUUCAUACAAAUAUCCAACAUUUACUACUACACCAAAUUCAUACACAAAUUAG